AGGUAGCUUAGCAUAGCUUAGCUUAGCUUAGCUUUACGGAUUAGCCGCUUUGGCUAUGGAUCAGUACAGUAUUCUCGGUAGGAUUGGUGAAGGAGCUCAUGGAAUUGUGUUCAAGGCCAAACACAUCGAGACAGGAGAGACCGUGGCACUCAAGAAAGUGGCCCUACGAAAGCUAGAAGAUGGGAUUCCCAACCAAGCACUGAGAGAAAUUAAAGCGCUUCAGGAAAUUGAAGAUAACCCGUAUGUAGUAAAGCUAAAGGACGUGUUCCCACACGGUACCGGUUUUGUGCUGGUCUUUGAGUACAUGCUGUCGGAUCUGUCUGAGGUUAUCCGGAACUCUCAGAGACCCCUGACCGAGUCUCAGGUCAAGGGCUACAUGAUGAUGUUGCUCAAAGGGGUGGCCUUCUGUCAUGAGAACUCCAUCAUGCACAGGGAUCUGAAGCCUGCAAACCUUCUAAUCAGCUCGACAGGUCAUUUAAAGAUUGCUGAUUUUGGUCUGGCCAGGCUUUUUUCCAACGACGGAGAAAGGCUUUACAGUCAUCAGGUGGCCACAAGGUGGUACAGAUCUCCAGAGCUUCUCUACGGUGCUCGGAAAUAUGACGAAGGAGUGGAUCUCUGGGCAGUGGGUUGUAUAUUUGGGGAGCUGUUGAAUAACUCUCCUCUUUUUCCUGGGGAGAAUGACAUCGAGCAGCUUUGCUGUGUGCUCCGUGUCCUGGGAACUCCGAACCAGAAAGUGUGGCCGGAGAUUACAGAGUUGCCAGAUUACAACAAGAUAACAUUUAAAGAUAACCCGCCGAUCCCUCUGGAGGAAAUCGUCCCCGAUACGUCCCCUCAGGCCAUUGACCUGUUGAAGAAAUUUCUCGUGUAUCCAUCCAAGCAGAGGAUCGGUGCCAGACAGGCUCUACUACAUCCCUACUUCUUCACAGACCCGCUCCCUGCCCAUCACUCAGAGCUGCCCAUCCCUCAGCGUGGGGGGAAACACUCUCGCCAGCGACUGCAGCCCCCGUACGAGUUCUCGGUGGAGCGGCCUUUGCACGAGAGCUUAGUGGAUCCCAGUCUGAUCCAACCACACACAUGGGGGUGUUUAUGAAGCCAUGCUUCCCAGAUCAUGCCGUUUUUUUGCACAGAAGCUGACUUUGUAGUUGCGAUUUGCAUAUUUAAAAUAUUCAUGAAUAUAUUAUAUGACGGGGGGCACGUUGGCUUAGUGGUUAUCACGUUCGCCUCACACCUCCAGGGUCGGGGUUCGAUUCCCGCCUCCACCUUGUGUGUGUGGAGUUUGCAUAUUCUCCCCGUGCCUCGGGGGUUUCCUCCGGGUACUCCGGUUUCCUCCCCCGGUCCAAAGACAUGCAUGGUAGGUUGAUUGGCAUCUCUGGAAAAUUGUCCGUAGUGUGCGAUUGCGUGAGUGAAUGAGAGUGUGUGUGUGCCCUGCGAUGGGUUGGCACUCCGUCCAGGGUGUGUAUCCUGCCUUGAUGCCCGAUGACGCCUGAGAUAGGCACAGGCUGAACGAAUGAAUGAAUGAAUAUUAUAUGACAUCUGAAAAAAGAUAUACAAAAAUAUACAUAUUUCCUGCUGGUAAUGAAUUAAUUUAAUUAUGAAUGUGGAUUUAUCAAGGUUUCAAGGCUUCAAGGUUUUAUGUCCGUUAUCGUGAUUUAAAUAAUGUUAGCUAUAGAGAAUGGCUACAGCGCUUGUAAAGCUUGUUUAGAUCCUAAUAAGCGUGUGAUGUUUUAUUCUUUAGAGCACAUUUAAAUAGUGUCAGAACUACUGAUUUGAAUUUUAAGCUUAACUUCCUGUAAAUAGACCUUCCAGCUCUGCCUC